GCUGGCCGAGUGACGCUGACGCUCGACGCCCCGGCCUCAAUGGCAGCCUCAGAGCCACCACUGACACGCGAUACCGCAUCAUGCUAUACCGACAGCGCACAGUUCACAACACCGGAGGCGCAGGUUCUCAAUGAGUACGCUCGUAUGGCCGCUAAUCUCGACAAGCUCGCCACGCUCGCAUCUUCCCUCGCUAGCACCCAGCCAGCCCUUCUCAAUCAUCUUCGCCCGCUAGAACGCAAGCUCGGCCUCGUCCUGACGCUGUUCAAAGCGAGCGUAUGGGCAACACUUCAGGCAGAGGAAGCGCGCCGCGAAGAGGAAGAGCUCGCUGCAUUCGAGAGGGAAGAGGAGGAACAGGCAGAGCAACAAGCGCGGCAACGCGCACAGGGUCGCCAUCGGCUCCGCUUCGACGACGAUGACGACGAUGAUGACGAUGAAGACGAGGAAGAAAGGGACAGACGCGAUACGGCAGCCGCGUAUGGUCAGACUUUGCAAUCACAGGCUGCACAGCUCCCGCCCCCAACACGAGCCCGCCGAAGCGUGCGAUGAUGGGAAGUCGCAUGGACUCAAGUGUCAAAAGCGCGAGCCUAUCUAGCCAAUCUGCCCAUGCAAUCAACGUGUCGUGCGCGCUCGGUGUAGCCAUCUAUUUGUUGUCUGUUGUGAUAUGGA